AUGGAGCCUUUGUUCAAGGAAUGGCACCGUAUACUCAAUUCUGAGGAUUUGGUAAUACGGAGACUGUACAGACUGUCUUUUCGGUCAAUACGACUUCCAAAGUUUGCUUUCUGGAAUCGUCACCAGCACGCCACUGUCUUUGACCCCUUCUGUCGACGUUUGGAACAGACAUCGAAGGCUCUUAAACCAAUCAUUCUCGAAAGUGCACACUCUGUGCAAUAUUUGACGCUAACGUAUAUGGACAUCUUGUCCCGAAAUAUUUGGGUAUAUGGACAUCUUGUCCCGAAAUAUUCGGAUCUCAUGUUCAAUAUUUAUUCAACUCAUCGUGGUGAUUGGGAUUGGAACGAACCUAGUGUGCUUGAUCCUAAAAGAUUCAAUCAUCCCAUCCCCGAUGGUGCAUUCAUUCCUUUUGGUGAAGGUCCAAUGAAAUUUUUGGUAGCUGACCCUAAAGCUGCCCAACAAAUCCUGAAUGGAUCUGGCGAUGAGUUCUAUCGUGAUGGAACUCUUCAAAAGGGCUUCACUGGUGUGGCCGACUUGCCUCUCUUUGCAAUCCCUUCAGGUGAUACUUGGUACAGGCACCGCAAGAUUUUAUCUCCCUCGUUCUCAGUGGUACAUUUGCACCACGCUUUUGACGAAGCUGUCAAGGCUUCUCAAUUUCUUGUAAACGUCUGGAAAACUCAGCCAGCCAACAAAGUCUCAAAUCUCCAUUAUGACUUCUCAAUGCUGGCGCUGGACGUCAUUGGUCUCGUCGGCUUUUUUCAGAGUUUGGGCUCUCUCAACACUCUUAUUGAUGGUCAAAAAUCAGAAUCGUACCGUGCUUUGGAGCGACUUGCGAAUCUGGUUCUCUUUCGAACCAUUGCGCCACCCUUGUUGUGGGAGCUAUUGAAUUUAGGCAAAGCUCAAAUGGCGCCUGAUGGUGCUUUCAUGCGAUCUAUCGUUGCUCAAGUCUUGGAAACCAAGCUGGCUAGUAAGGUUGUCAAGGCUGACAAGGACAUGGACGUUUUAGACCGUCUCUUGGCGAAGAGCGUAGAUGGUGAAGCUAAAUUCACUCAUUCAGAAAUCAUUGAUGAAAUCUUUGGAUUCUAUGCUGCAGGCCACGAAACUACUUCGAACACCCUCACAUUCUGUGCCGCUUCCAUGAUGCUUCAUCCUGAGUGCAAGGCAAAAUUGGUUGCAGAAAUCGACUCUGUCUUGGGUGGUGCUAGUCCAACUUAUCAAGACCUUCCGAAACUCAAGUAUAUGGACAACUUCAUUAAUGAGGUUCAACGCUACUAUGCAGUGGUCCACACUGUUCCUCGUCGUUCCCGUGUUGAUACUCAACUAUGUGAUGAUGUUGAUGUCUUUGAUCCUCAACGAUUCAACAAACCUCCACCUCCUGGAGCAUUCUUGCCUUUUGGUGCUGGUCCAAUGGCUUGUAUUGGGCAACGCAUGUCACUCACCGAGCUCAAGGCUGCUCUCGUUGUGAUUCUGCAACAAGUCGACUUUAACCUCGUUCCAGGACAAGAUCUUGAGCCUAUUGCCGGAGUUACCCAAGGCUUGAAGAAGGGGUUGCUCGCUAAGAUUACACCUCAAAGAAUUAAGGCCAAGGACGAAGUUUCUGUGUGA